UGACGUGAAACUGGUGUUAUCACUGCUACAGAGUCCACACGAUAGUUAUAUCUUAGCGAGAUGUUGCGGCGGCUGUCACUAGUUUUUAUAUGGUUGGCUGUAGUCCAAGCUAGCCCUUUGCCUAAAAACCACAGGACGCGCCAAUACUAUGAUCAUCCUGCAGUCCAGAGAUACCGGGAAUACAUACAGAUAGACACGAGCAUUGAAGAUAAUUUGAAAGAUGCAGUGGAAUUCUGGAAGCGCCAAGCUGAUGAGAUCGGCUUGACCUUCGCCGUCCACCGGCCGGCUGGGCUGCCGGUCUGCGUGGUCACGUGGGUGGGCGGCGACCCAUCUCUGCCAAGCAUCAUGCUUAACUCGCACAUGGACGUGGUGCCGGCGGACCCAUUAGACUGGACCUACCCCCCAUUUUCGGCCCACAUGGACGACGAGGGCAACAUUUACGGUCGCGGCACUCAAGACGAUAAGGAUGUGUCUAUCCAAUAUGUCGAAGCCAUAAGGAAACUGCGAGCUGAUAACAUUACUCUCCAGCGCACAUUGCAUAUAACUUUGAUGCCAGACGAAGAAACGGGAGGAUUAAAUGGUAUGUUGCCAUUUGUAAACACAACGGAAUUUGCGGCAUUGAAUAUUGGAUUUGCUUUGGACGAAGGCUUGUCGACGUCUGACGGAAACUACGUAGCCAUGUACCAGGACAGGAGGCCUUGGAUUUUAAAGUACACAACGUAUGGGGAGGGCGGCCAUUCAGUUUUAAUGCCCGAGGACAGCGCCAUGGAAAAGGCUCAAAGAUUGAUAAAUAUGAUAAUGGAAUGGAGAGAGGAGCAAAUACGUGUCAUGAGAACCAAGGAGCCAACGGAUUAUAGCGGAUACAACUCGGUCAAUAUCAACGUUAUUAGUGGUGGAUUGGCUGCAAAUGUAAUUGCCAAAACUAUAACAGUGAUGGUGGACAUAAGACUUGGUCCCACCACAGACAACGACGAACUUUUGGCAUUGGCUGAAUCGUGGCGGUCACGGAGUGGCAACGGAACACGGAUGGAGUUCGUGCGACAUGUCACGGAGUCCGUGGCGACGCCAAUAGGAGACGACAACUUGUAUUGGCUCGCUCUCCGGGACGCCAUCACUGAAACAGGCAGUUCGCUGACGCCGCUAGUGUGUCCAGCCGCAACCGACAUGAUUCCGCUGCGCAGUCGCGGCGUGCCGUCCAUUGGAUUCUCUCCCAAAACUCAUACUAUAUCCAGGAUACACACAUCCGACGAAUACCUCAAUGUCCACACCUUUCUUAAGGGCAUAGAUGUUUAUGUUGCUAUUCUAAAGAAGUUGGGCAACGUGUAGUCCUUCUAGCACAAGCUUUAUAAUUUCUUAUUUGCACGAAAAAUAAGUACAUGUUGCAGAAAACAAUAAUUUUAAUACAAGAAAGAUAGCGGCAGACUUAUCCCAUGUUGGGUCCCUACAUCUCUUUUAACUUGAAAUAAAUUGUAUGGAAUCAAUCAUAACCGAUUUCAUAUUUAAAUGUU